UCCAGUAGGUGGCGGAGAUGCAGCUCGAGUAAGUGUGCCAAACUUCAUUCAAUAGAAAAGUAGUAGAAGAAGAACUUCGCUCAUUUAUCAACAAGAAGCCGGUGCUUUCGCCGACGUGGACUUGGUUUAAUAGUACUUAUUUAUUAUUAACUAUUUCUAGUAGUAAUAACAACCUUAUUAUUAACAUAUCUAUUUAAUCAUGUGGGUUCUCUUUUUGGAAACGUAAAUAAAACUUUACCGAUAGACUCUAGAGUUAGCCUGUCAAAGUGGGAUUUGUUGAACUAUGCCCUGUCGUGUUAUCCGCGUUACACUGCUGCUCUCUGUUGGGAUACUGAUUCAUGUGACUAAAGCCGAUGAGUUUACUGAAGAAAUUAAGCCUCCAGACUGGAGAAAGACUCUAAAAUCCAUCCGGAACGGGCUUCAAAAAAUAGACAAAUACCUUAACGUGGCUUUAGACCUGGUCGGAGGUUCAGACGGACGCUGUAUCUUUAAGUGCAAUGACGGAUACACACCAGUUCCUCGUCCCAGCUACAAAUCACCAACACCCAACGGAUGCGGAUCCCCACUGUUUGGAUUUCAGUUUGAUAUUGGGCUCCCAUCAAUGACCAGAUGCUGUAAUGAGCACGAUCUGUGCUAUGAUACCUGUGGAAGAGAGAAAAAUGACUGUGAUAAGCAGUUCCAGGUCUGUCUGGAGACCAUUUGUAGUCAUUUACAAAUGACACUGGGUUUGUCCCAAAGUGUUCAAGCCUGUGAAUCAGCAGUGACUUUGCUCUUUGAUACUGUGAUGCACUUGGGAUGUAAGCCAUACCUGGAUAGCCAAAGAUCAUCCUGCAUUUGCCACUAUGAGGAGAAGGCUGAUCUGUGAACAGCUGAUAGGUUUAUGUAGAGGUUUGAUUGUUUAUUGUCUCAGGGUACUGCAAGAUGCAAUACAAUUUGUUUCUUCACUUUGUAUGCAUUCAUUGCAAUGUCAUAGUUAACGGUGUAUUUUGUAAUUACAGAAAAAUUUAAAUUAUUUAAUAUGAUUAUAAAUGUAUACAUACUGAUGUGCCUUAUA